GGACAGAUUUUCUGAGAAGCUUGGCAGCUCCUUCUCUGGGAAAACCUAUAAAGGAGGAGGAGGACAUGAAGAAGAUGAAGAACGUGGGACAUGGUGCACAAAUCACUGAAUGACCAAGACUCCUGAUAAGAGGCGGCAAAUGGAGCUCUGGGACUCUCCAGUCCUGGGAGCAGCAAGAGCAGCAGCAACGACAGCAGCAGCAAGAAUGAACUGCAAGGAAGAAGAUGACAACUGCACUGACGGGAGCAGCAAUAACACGAAGAAGAUGUUAAAAUGCGUGGUGGUUGGGGAUGGUGCAGUUGGGAAAACCUGUUUGCUGAUGAGUUAUGCCAACGAUGCCUUCCCAGAGGAAUAUGUGCCCACUGUGUUUGACCACUAUGCAGUAACUGUGACUGUGGGAGGACAACAACACUUGCUGGGACUUUAUGACACUGCAGGGCAGGAGGACUACAACCAGCUGAGACCCCUGUCCUACCCCAACACGGACGUGUUCUUGAUCUGCUUCUCGGUGGUGAACCCCGCCUCAUACCACAAUGUCCAGGAGGAGUGGGUGCCCGAGCUGAAAGUCUGCAUGCCCAAUGUGCCUUACGUCCUCAUAGGAACACAGAUUGAUCUCCGGGAUGAUCCCAAAACUUUGGCUCGGCUGCUUUACAUGAAGGAGAAACCACUCACCUACGAGCAUGGAGUGAAGCUAGCGAAGGAGAUCGGAGCACAGUGCUAUCUGGAGUGCUCAGCCCUCACGCAGAAAGGCCUUAAGACCGUCUUCGAUGAGGCAAUCCUGACCAUUUUCCACCCCAAGAAAAAGAAGAAGCGUUGUACAAAGUGCCACAGCUGCUGCACCCUUGUGUGAAGUCACUUGGAAAGAAAAACGAGAUGAGUUCAAUGAAACCAAGCAGGUUAGAAAGGCAAUGAAGGUCACAUGCAACUGAAAUGGGGAACAUGACCAGAAAGGGGUCCUUCUUACCCAAAUAUAGGAGUCCUCCAUUCUGUGAAACCUCCAAGCUGUAUCACACUAGGCCAACUCAUGUCUAUGUGCUUUCCUAAUCCCCCAGAGUUGUAUGCAGCCUGUUCCCACUACUGCAGACUGCACUGAGCCAACAGAACCCAGAAUGCCAGCUCCUGCUUGACUCUUCACCUUAGGAAUAAGGUGAAGAUGGUGUGUGGAAAAACAAAGAACUAAAGGUGGUAAAAGAAACAAGAGAAACUCCAUUUGUCGCCUUAAGCAAGAAUUGAUCAAAAUUAAGAAUUUGCAGUACUUAGGAAUUUAAUCUGAAUUGGCUGAAAGCACAUGGAGAUCUGUAGACAUCCAAUAUGUAAGAUAUACACUAUAGGUAGGAUGUACUUUUAAAUUACUUUUCUUUUAUAAGACUUGCUAGUUCAGGAUAUACUUUUGUUUGUUCAAACUACGUGGCAGCAAAGGUGAAGUGAUUCCAGUUUGUUUUCACUUAAUGGUGAAACUUCACAGCAUCAGUAUGUUGCUGCACCCAAGCUACCAAAAUAGAUCAACAUUUACCUCCAGACUUAAGGAAUGUCUUACAACAAAAAAAUGCAAAUAACUGUAUUUUAACAGGGGAAUGUUCAGGCUGAGCCAUGUUUCCAUAAGCUGGGAAAGGAAUAACAGAGUUGUAGCAUUAAUGUACUGAAACAAAGAAAUUCUGCCACCAAAGAGCAUUGCCCCAGACACGAAAUAGCAGCGUGGAACAAUCUCUCUUCCAAACUGAGAACAUAACAAGACACAUUGCCAUGGCAACUGAAAAUUUACCUUAAAGAUCAGCUGGAUUUCUACAUCUCACCCAGCAGAUGAAAACCAAAAAGCCAAAGGUCAUACUGACUUCAAGUGCUUUAAGGUGAUCCAAUUGCCUUAAGGGUUUUUUUUUUAUGGAGUAUCUCAUGUAAAAAAACUCAUCAAAGUGGAGUUGUAAACAUGUUGAUCUAUUGUAGUCUCCCUGCUCCCGUUCAUUACUUCUUUCUUUGCUCCUGUUUUUCCAUCUUCAUUACUGUGAGCUGUUUAAGUUACAGCGUGGCUGCGGUCCUCAGGAGUGAACUUUCACACGAGUUGCCGAUGAUGGGCUGCAGCUGAUACAGCACUGAGAUGGGAAGUCCAGACCCUAAGGGAAGGGAAGCUGCCUGUUAGCUCUCUUUGCUGUUGAAGAAAGCGUGCCUUUUCACUAAAGCCUCUCCAGGGAGCCUGUACUUUUGCACAUCACAGCAAUACAGACGCUCAGAGGUGAACUCGAAGGGCGUCUUGUUACUUGCAUCUGCCUUCGGGUACCCCAGCGAUGCCAUGAUACCGUCUUGUUACAGAUUUCGUUGCCCAAGCAGUAAAUCACAGUGCCAGCAAAUACACAUUUCAAGAACUCUGAUGUAACUCCUUUCAAAAGCAGUGUCUGUAGUCAGCGUUUCCAGAAGUGCUAGGACUAAGCAAGUAACAGCAGUGCACCCUCCCAAUCCAGGGACACGUGCCCUGCGGCCCCCCGCACCCCACUCCAGCCAGCCCGCUCCUCUCCAGGAGCACUGUAGCGUGGCUGAGUACACACAUGCAACCAGAAAAACUCUCAUGACUAGUGGUGAAUUAUAGACCCGGUGUUACUCGGAGCAAUCAGCGACUUCAGCAGGACCACAGGAACUGCACCGUGGGGGCAGAGAAGGUAACGAGCAUGAUGCAGUGCCCAGCCCUGCAGUCACUGAGGCUUUUGGAUCCAAGCUCCUCCUUUAGCACAAAUUCUCUUUAUCAUGGACACCUACAGAAACCAGGUCUGACACCCCAAAACAUUUCCAGGUAGAAAUCAACAGUUCUCUCUGACAAACGUGAUCAAAUUCGAGGCAAAUGCCUUGUUACUGUUACCCAGCAGGCUUUCACUCACCAUCUCUUUCCCACUGCACACAAGCAUGGAUGAAAACAGAGUUGUGCUAAAUCAAAAACAGACAAAAGAAAGAUUUUCUCACUGCUGGCAUUCUUUGUGCAUAUUUUAUAUUUGGUGUUCUUAUGUCCCAGCCAUUUGCUUCAAAUGGACUGGCUGAUAAAGCACAGCUCAGAGCGAGGGCAGUGCUGAAGCCCGGUGAAGGAGUUCAAGUCGUGCCGCAGAGGCUGUGUUGCCCUCCCCACGCGUAGCAGUGAGUCCCCACAUACAGCUGGGACACUGGCAAUCAGCUGAACUAUAAUGUGUAAAGAGAUCUUACGGGAGUAUGAGGAAAACUAGAAGUGGAUUAAAUAAAUAAAUAUUUAGGGAAUGUUUGUUGGCUUAUAACAUGAGUAGAAGUCCACUGAAACCAAAAAAAAAAGGUUUCAACAGAUUUCAGAGAAAAUUAGAGAUUCGCUGUGCUGCCAUUUACUUCAGUGGAAAUAAAAUAGGAUGAUUACUUUGCUUUAGCUCAUGUAGGUUGCUGUAGAGCACUAGCCUAUAUACAAGACUCUAGUUAAAGUAAGUGAAGUCUGUUUUAGCUGAAGCGCAAUGCAAACACUCAGGUUGGAGCCGCCAGAUGUUCUUAGAGCUUCACAAAAUAGAGAGGAAAUAGAAAUCCAGACUAACAGCUGAGCUUAUCAUAAAAUAAUGAUCACACUGGAAAAGUGCAAUAUAGCAUUCUCACUGUGCAUCAGAGAAAGCCACAAAUAAUCAAAUGAUAUUUUUGUGUGCCACCGAGUAUCGGGGUGCCUAUUAAUACUAAUGGGAUGACAUAGGGUAGGCAUAUAAAAUCAAAAAUCAAAUAGGAAGUUCUAGCAUUAGUGUAACUGCAGUGGUUUUAGGAAAAUUAACUAAAAAACAUACGGCAAUGUAGAAGUUAAAAUGCUACUGUCCUAAUAUAUUAUACUGCACCACCUUCCACAAAUCAUUGCACAGUGGCCAAAGCAGAUAGAAAAGUAUUAACAUGCAUGCAAGAAAUGUUAAGACUAAUCAGGGUUUUAUUUGCACUUACAAAGCCAAGCACAUCAAGUUUGCGAGGCAGUAAAAUUUCAAGUUUUUCAAGCUAAUUGUGACCAAAAAUUGACAUCUGGGAGUUGCAAGGGAGGGAGAGUGGUCACAGUCCACUGAGAAAUGGCCUGUGCACUCCCUUUGUUUUUAAUUUCCAUUCCAACAAAAACAAAUAUUCUAAAAACAGCCAUGGUUAAUGCAGGUCCCAUAAACAUUAUUCCUGUGUUAGGUUAUGUACACACCUAUCCACAUAAUGUGGCACUUACUCAAGGAUCUGCCCUGUUACACUAUUAUUUUGGGGAGGCAGGAACAGCACAGGCCAAUAGACUUUAGAAAGAGAUUGUAGGCAGACGUAAGGAGACUCAUGGACUAUCUGGCAAUUCAUACCUAAUAUCUUUUCUAAAAGCCAACAGAUGGUGUGUGAACAGGCAGCAAAGCUUAUUUUCAGAAAUAUCAAAACACCAGACACAGUACGAGCACAGGCAUAAGGCAACAGAUAUAAACUUCAAAUUAUUUUCAGGCACCGUUAGUAACAAGAAAAGAAAAUCAAUAAAGGAUUGCCAGGUGAAAGGAGAUGGGUUUUCUCACUGUAAGAUGAGCUAGAAAUCAGACCCCGAUUUCACCUUCAAAGGAAGAUGGUUAGGAGAGUCGUAAAGGCUAUAAACCAUCCCAGGAACCUAUUUGACAAUGUCCUCUUAAUGCAACUGAUGUCAAAACGUUUCCUGACAGAACUGCCUUUGCUAAUAGUCUGCUAUCAUUUCAAAAGCACUCACAACUUACAAGAAAUCUGCUAGAUCCUGUAAAACCCAUCUCCUUUGGCCUCUUCUGAAACCUUAGUGUUCUGCUAGGAGUUGUUAACCUAAAGUUGUAGUUUCAAGCAGAGUUCCCAAGGGGUUUUCAUGCAAAUUUCUGCAAGGAGAUAUUAGAGAUAUUAGGUAUUAGAGAGAUAUCUCAAGACAUUAGAGAGUUGUUACCACAUUAAAACCUACAGAUGCCUCUGCCCUUCAGAGCGCUGCACCAGGCCAGUGGCAGUGGGGUAAUCUUGUGCUAUAUCACCACCUCCAGCAUGACCUGAAGGAGGUCCCACAAAGAUUUCCACAGUUUGUCCUGUGCCUCCCAGAGCUCAGAAAAGUUGGGGAGAAUGCAGAAACAAGGCUCUGACCCCAAGCAGGUCCAUCCAGGAGCGUUUGUUUAAUCGGGUAGAAGUCCCACAUACCUACAUCCUCCAGGAGCAGUUCUCAAGAUGAGCUCCCCCUGGUUGUCCUAUGUGCCAAAGGUUCCCAGACCUUCUCUCUCUGCCCUGUAAAUAUCUACUGUUACGGUUAUAUGUAGCUUAUGAAGAACAACCAACUACAAGCUCUUGCCUCACGUUGACUUGAAUUAGGCAUGAUGUGAAUCUUUCCCUCAACUUCCACAUGCGCUGGUACUAAUAUAAAUCUUCUUCUUGCUGGUGGGAACUGCAGAAUUCACUCCAGGUCCAAUCAAAACAAUCAUUUCAGCAGCUGUAAUUGAUAUUUCUCACCUUUUUUCUCUUUCAAAGCACUGCUUCAGUUCAAAAUAAACACAGAAUUAAAUAUAGCACUGCAUCUUAAUAUGCAAUAAAGUUAUUCCAAAUACUUUUAUUAAGGGGCUGGAUUUUGGCAGUCUUCCUCAUACUGAAGAGCAUCUUACUUCACAAAGAAUUGUCUCCAACUUCCUCAUGUCUCAUUCAAUUCCAAUUAUAUCGUUCAUGUAAAUGAGGGAGGCUGAAUAUGGCCAUUGGUGACCUGCCCUUGUAGUUCAUGUAUAACAAAAUCUCUUCUAGCUGCUCUAGUGCUGGUGGCCUGUGUCCACAGAAAAGCAGUGAUUUCCCAUUCCCCGCACACUGUACGAAUCACCUGGGGUUCUGUCAUGCUCAGCACCAAGAUCUGUCUGGUAUCUGCCAUCUCUAAGGAAGCAGGGUAGAGAAGAAACAAGAAAUGAGCUGGGAAAGGAGAUAAGCCUUGGGCAUGUGGCUACACAAACCAAGCAGGACUCCCCCAGAAACCAUCACUGCAAUGCAACUCUAGGCAAGUGGCUAAAAACCCACCCCAAGGGUGGGUGGGAAAAUCACUGUAGCAAACAGAGAGCAACAGGGAACAAACAUAUCACUACCAGUGACUGUUGACAAGGAUGCAUGGGCUUCACUUCCCAUCGACAGCAAGCUGUCAAGAUCCCAUCCAAGAUAUUGUCCCAAGACUCCAGAGACCCAAUAUGAGAACCCUUUACAGGAGCUUGGAAAAGGUUGCAGAAAUUCUUGCCAACAAUUUCUGCUGCUGUCUCCCCACAUCACACCCAAUCUCAUACACAACAAGCAAAACAGUGGCCAAUUACACCAAUGAUUUAUAUGUGUCUAGCAGAUGUAUUUUCACGAUGCAAGCUGACAUGUCCUUACAAAAAUGUCCCUCUAAUUCAUACAUGAAUGAUGCCCAUCUGCUUAUACAGCUUACUUACAGUCCAUGACCUUUUCUGUAGCUUUUUUUCCCCAGAGGCACAGCAAAUACUUCUCGAUUCACUGUACUGAAACUUCAGCUGGAUUAAAAGUAAAUUGCAAUGGCAUCAAUCUGUCUCAAGCCAGGCUUGUUUAAAAGCACAUUUGCCUUCUCCAGAGAAGCAAUCAACAUACGCUUAUGUUGGCCCAGGGACCAUUUGUUCAAUAAACAGGUAGAAUGCAGGAAUCUGGCUGCACAUGCCUUUCUCCCUGUAUUUUCCUUUUCCCUGAAGAGGAUUUGUAAUGUGUUUUGUCCUACAUAAAAAAACAAAUCUGGAAAUAACAGAACAUUUUCUUGGUUCACAACUCUAUAGGACCGGAGGAACAUCUGCUGUGACAGGAGGUGAGCAUGGAGCGACCUACAUCAGAUAACUUCUAGACACAUUUGAGCUCUACAUAAGAAUGAAGACAAAUCUCUACUAUAAAUGUUUAUUUUCCUCUAAGUGAAUAAAGACCCUCUGAAAGCAGGAAAAAGCCUCCCACUGAUUUUGGUAGUGGCUUGUGAUCUCAGCUGUCUUCGCCUAUCAAAACAAAACACGAACAGAAAUAUUUUUGCAUCGAUAAGUUGGGACAAAAACACCGAUUAGAAGUAAUGAAUGCAACAGAAUAGCAUCUACACUUCUGCUUUGAGGGAGAGCUGCAAAAUCAGGGCCCAGAGCCACAAUUAGUCAGUUUGAUCCUAAAACUUAAAUUUCAUUUUAAGAUGUUAAGGGAACGCCCAUAACUAGAAUGAAAAAUAUUUUCAAAUUCUCUUUUCUCUGUUUCAGUUAAAGCUUUCAGAAACAUCUGACAAUGUUUUCCUGGGCAGUUCCAGGAACCCCACCAGAACAGCAAAAAGAGUUAGAACCUCAUUGUAAGAGGAAAAUGAGCUCACAAACCCAUAUAUCACACAGCAACAAGCAAAAAUGAUAUGAAUUGCUGUCAAUGGUGAAAAAUCUCUUUAACUUUGAAAAUAUGUUAACAAAAAUAACUUUGAGCAUGGUCCCCACCCCCUUCCAGAAUGUGCAGACCAUAAUGCAGUGUUUGGCUGCUUCUUCUAACUAUAAUUUUAGGGUGGGAUUUUCAAAGAUGCUGUAUGUUGGUUUCGUUUCAAUUCUCAUGAAGACAAUGGAAAAUUUCAAUGGGGUCCACACAUGACUAAUGUGGAAAGCAUUUGAGAGUCUUUACGUUUCCUCCUUUUCUGCCCUUUAUUGUGGCUGACCACGCUUUGAGCACACAGAUACACUAAGCCAGGUCCAAGAAUCUUUUAUGCCUUUUGGCUGCUGGUGUGGACUCCCAAAAGAAGUUAGGCAUCUGGAGACUUUGCUGAUCUGAUCUUUAGCUUGAGCUUUGGAGACUGGAUUUAUAACUCCUCAUUUCAACCACUACUGAGGCUGAAGGUGAAAAUGAUUAUAUUAACAGUGUAAUAUUCAAGGCAAAUGGGUAUCUUUGCUGUGUUUGACACUGCACUCAUUGCUGUCGCUUAAUUUUGUCUCAUCCCAUUCAGGAUGCCAGGUUUAAUUUUGCAUUUGGUUUUGCCAAAGAUUAGUUUGAGCUCUCGCUGAUAUCAACUCUGGUAAAUUUUGACUUUGAUCGGAGGUUAAUGAAUGCAGAGUAAACAGUUGUCUCCAGUCUAGUUUUCAGAUCUUCCAACACAACAGUUAUUUGUACUGAUAACGUGUAGAAAUUUUUGUCUGAUGUCUGUCAAAGUAGUUUGGGUGUAAGCCAUAUCCAUAGUAUGAUUGUCAUAUCGUCUCUCCCAACACUCUUCCCCAAAAUAGGCAGCUGCUUUAACUGCAUUACAGAACUGGCAGGCACCGAACUGCCUUGUCAGUACGGAGUAAAUGAGCCCAAACUUUCCCCAAACUUGUAAAUAUUAAUUCAUUAAUAAGCAAUAACAUAAAGCUAUGUGAGAGGGGAAAGACACUGGCAAAGUCUUAUUCACUCAUGAGCAGAAGUGUUCUAAGGUGGUGAGCCCAGGUUGCCAGGUGGGAAAUGCUACAGAGCAAGGCAUAGCCUGGUGCCCAUGCUGCCCCAGCAAGUAUGGCAUGAGCCUGGCGAAAGGGCUCGAAGGCGCCUCUGUGGAGUCACAGCGGGAUACCUGGGGCUCAGCAGCACCUUGAGAGUGGGAGGGCUUCAAAGAAGGCUGCAGAGAGGAGCAGGGAGGUGGACCUGAACUGUCCUCGAGUGCAAGGAUAACUGAAUCCAGUUUAACCUGCUAUGAUGUUGAUGCACUAGUCGAACUUGUGUUCAAAAAAAGGGUGGACGUGGCAUUGCGGGACAUGGUUUAGCGGGCAUGGUGGUGUUGGGUUGAUGGUUGGACUUGAUGAUCUUACAGGUCUUUUCCAACCUUAAUGAUUCUGUGAUUCUGCAAAAUACAAGCAUUUCACUCAAAGAGAUUCUCUGCUCCCUUGAGAACACAAAGACAAGAAAAUUUCUUUCCUUUCUUUUUGCAUAGUACUUCAGCAAUACUUAAAAGUAACAAUGCAACAAGUUAUUCUAAUUGAGUUUGUGAAGCAGAUGUAAUGACCUCAGCACAAAUCAGGACCUAACACAUCAUCAGCCAGUUCUUAGCAAGUUAAGAAAGAGAGUCAUGUAAUUUACUUGAUGCGAGCAACUGAAUUUUUCUCUCUUAAAAGUUGCUGUGUGCAAUAUUGCUGGAGAAUGGGGCUGGUAAAACCAAAGGAUGAGUACUAAAACAUUAUGUCUGACUUUUGAGUGGUAUAUCUUUUUUCAAAGAUUAACCAAAUCUUCAGAAUUCAUGUCAAAGCAAUAAAAUUUCAAACUGAGGAAAUUCAGUUUUCCAGCAAUUAUGUUUUGCAUAGUUUAAAAAUCAUGUAAACAGUAUUAGUUUCCUAUUUACAGCACAUGAUUCUGUACGCUUUUGCUUAUCCACUUUUAAACAUGUAAUUAUUGUAUAUUGUAACUGCACAUUAAUAUCGUCUAUUGUACAUAGUUUAUUUUAACAAAAUAAAUGUAUUACUAAG